AUGGGAGUGUUUAGAUUCAGUCUAAUCCAUUGUUUGGCUUGCAACAUUGCAAUUCUGCCAGACCCAUACGUCGUUCAAAGGCUUAUUCAGUUGCAACACUGCAAUUCUGUCAGACCCAUAACCCAUUCCUCACCUAGUAAACUCGGCUUCUACGAACCUGGUGAAAAAACUGCUACCAGACUCUUCAAGUAUUGGAGAUGGGGCAUGGGAAGCUCAACUGAGGUGCUCGUGAGAAGCAUAAAGAAGAAAGCUAAUCCGAUUGGGGAAGCGCUUGAACGUGUCACAUACAACUUCUUCCAAUCCACAGAAAAUCAAGUUGACUACCUGAAACAGGAGUCAAUUAAGAAUUUUGAAGCAGCUUUCAAGGCCUAUCUACCAGAUCUUCCCAUAUGGGAGGUUUGCUCACUUUGCAGCCAACUCUGCUAUCCUUGA